CGUCACAGCACUGAGGGUAAAGAUGCUUCUAACUGCCGUUCCACUGUGACUUUAACAUUAAGUUGUAAAUGUACUCUGUGGCAAACUUUAGCCACACCUAGAUCCUGUCCCCAUUUACACAGACACACACAAAAAAAAAAAAAAAAAUAACACAAAAAAAAAAAAAAAGCAAAAGCUUCUUUUCUCUUUUUUGUUUUUUCUUGCUGGGUGCGUUUGUUUGUGUGACGGCUCGUCCCCGGCGGUGUGUAACCGGAGAGAGGGGCCUCUCAGAGAGGGAAUGCAGGACUGCAAAUGGAGCACAAUGCAAUACAGUGGUUGGGUGCCCCCUCCUGCCAGCGAGGCAGCUACGCCUUCUACAAGUCGGUGAGCAGCAGACCUCAACCCGACGGGCCCGUCCAGAUAUGGAAGCUCGGGGAGUUCUACUUCAUCCGCUGUGGACCGCUGGAUCCUGUGUGCAUCGCAGAGGUGACCUUACUGUGGGAGGACCAGACACAGCGCCACCUGCUGGCCAGCACCAGACUCUACUUCCUGCCUGAGGACACGCCGAAGGGCCGGACCAGGGAGCACGGAGAGGAUGAGGUUCUGGCGGUGUCCAGGAAGAUGGUUGUGCGGGUGGAGGACCUGGUGCAAUGGACGUGUGCGGAGUCGGCAGCUUGGAGUAGCAGCCUGAAGCCGCUGCAGCCCUGCGGGAUCAACGGCCUCCACAAACCUCUACACAGCAGCGACGGUACCAACAGCAGCACCAACAACAACAACAACAUCAGCAGCGAGCCGCUUGAAGUCAAAACUGAGGACGACCUGGAGGAGCAUCAGGGCAUCAAAGUGCUGAGCUACCCGCAGUACUGCCGCUUUCGCUCCCUGCAGAGACGCAUUCAGGACGGAGCGAGGGGGCCCGUGCUGCAGGACCUCCACCUGCUGGCCCUCGGAGGCGUCAAGGCGCUGCCCAACAUCCGGCUGAUGUACUGCAGGGACACCUUCAACCACCCGACGCUGGAGAGCAGCGCCAGCUUCUCCUGGCAGUUCAGUUGUCCAUCUCUCAGUCUUCGAGGGCGACCUCGCAAGAGGAGAGGCCGAGACGGCAAAGACUCCCCGAACUCCGGCCAAUCAGAGUCCUGGAUCGAGAGGAUGAAGGAGAACGUGAUGGGCAGCGUGGAGGUCGGCUGUGAGGGCAGCUGGCUCCCCGACCCCGAAGAGCAGCUGUUCCUGGAUCAGCUCUUCGCCUACAUGGAGGGCCUCGGCUCGCCCAUCCACAAAGUCCCCAACCUCGGCUUCAAGAAGAUUGACCUCUUCCUCAUGUACUCUGUGGUCAAGCGGCUCGGAGGCUACAAAAGGGUGACUGUGGAUCGUCUCUGGAAAAUAGUUUAUAACGAGCUGGGAGGAUGCCCCGGCAGCACCAGCGCUGCUACCUGCACCCGGAGACACUACGAGAGGCUGAUGCUUCCUUAUGAAGAGCACCUCAGAGCAGGAGGAGCAGAAUUCAAAAUCCCAGAAUCCCCCUUGCCUCCGAAACCCCGAGGGAUACGAGGAAGGAAACCGCUUCAGAGAGGCAGAAAACCAGGACCCAAAUCCAAGGACAAGAAGCUGACAGCGUCCCCCGCUGCUCCUCCGUCUCAUACUAUCGUGAACCCGAACGGCACCGUGGUGGCGAAGAGAGGCAGAGGCCGGCCGCCGGGCACACGCAACAAGGCCACGCUGAUCGCUCAGGCCAAGAUGGUGGCUCAGCAGCAGGCUAAAGCCAAAGCAGCAGUCGAGUGUCAGCAGCUGAGUCCUCUGCUUCCUGUCAGAGGUGACGGUGGACCGACCCCCAGCAGCACACACAGGCCCAUCCAGCCAGCUCUCUUCCCCAUCAACAUGCCCCUCACCCCCGACCUCUCCCCCAUGUCCGCCCCCUUCCUCCCCUUCCAGCCCAAACCAAAGCCCGACAGAGGGGAGUCUGCGGCCGCCGCUCCGGGCGUGCUCCUCUCCACUUUGCCUCGCCACUACGUCGGAGGAUCUCUGGGCGGCUUCAGCCCCAUCAAAGGUGUCUGUCCCCUGGACGUCUUCAGGAGCCGCAUCGGCCUCCAGAGAGGCCCGGAGAGCCCGGCCCUGACGCCUCAGGACCCGACCCAGCACCACCAUCCGACCAUCUACACCCUAACCCAGCUCAAAAGCGGAAGCCCGGAUACGCCUCAUCCCAGCGGGGACCAGCUUCAGCCUCUGCAGCACCCGCACCCGCUCCACCAGCACCAGCACCAGCACCAGCACCAGCAACACAACCGCUGCUCGGGGUGCAACGUGGACGAGGCGGCCCAGAGGGGAGGCAGUCGGGACGCCAGGAACCGGCCCCCUCUGCCCCCUCUCCGGGUCCUGCCUUUGAACCUGGACUGCAGCGUUCAGGUGUGCCAGCUGAUGAGGACUCGUCUGGGCUCGUCUCAGUUCCAGACCUUCACCCGCCGACUGUCCGAGGCUCUGUCCCAGGACCUGAGCGCCAAGCCUCCCUGCUCUCCCAUCACACCUCCCCCUGAGCAGGCGCUGCCUCUCAACCUCAGCAGACGCUUCGCGGUGAAGAGACCCAGCGCAGAGGGACCGGAGACGAGUCUGGUGACGAUCAACGGGAACACGGAUCAACCGCCGUCCAAGAGACCCAGAACCGACUGCACGGAGCAGGACGAUGACUUCAGCCUGGGGGGCCGGUCCAGCUCCGGAGGAAGUGGAGGAGGAGCAGCGGAGGAAGAGGAGGACGCGGAGAUGACGAACCAGGAGGAACCCGCAGACCUGAGCUCCCCCAGCAGGAUCAGGGCCUUCCUGCUCGGGCUGCCGCCCUUCAUGGGGAAAUUCGAGGACGAUCUCAACGGGACGAGGUUUGGGAAAUUUCUUCCUCCGGGACCUCUGGCCGAAACGCAGAGGAGCGAGACAGAGACAGGAGAGGGAGGCGUGGCGGUAAAGAAAGAAGUAAAGAAGGAGGAGGAGGUGGUUGGAAUAGAGCGGUGUGAAACUGAGAGAAGCAACAAACUACAGACGUCGGAGCAGGAGGAGACGGAUCCGUCCGUCCUCUCCGGUCCCGGUCCAGCAGAGCUGAAGAGAGCCGGGCCCUCAAACACUGACACACACUGUUUUUAGCGUUGUUGAUAUUAGCAUUUUAUGAUCUGAAAACUGACGGAUAAAUCGGGGAUUUGUCAGUUUUUGGAGUGCAAAGUUGUAUCCGCCGCGGGGGGCUUGGUGUUGGGUUUGAACGCCGGAUGCUUCGGCGGUUGAUCCAGCUCAGGUUAAAGCCUGAACACGCGAAGCGGAGACGUUUCUCUGCUUCAUAUUUGAAAAACAUUUGAACUUCAAUUUCACAUUUUUGUCUCCUUGUUAUUUUCCUGUUGUUGUUUUUUUUUUCCGAUCACGUCGUUGAUUGAACUUUGCAGAGGAACGACGACAACGAGACUCAUGACAAUCACAAAUCAGUUUCUCUUUUUUCGUUCUCUGUCGAUUUCUGUCUCUUUAAGGUUAAAAAAAGAAACAGAGGAGUGAGACUGUGACUCUUUAACAAACACUGCCAUAACCCUCCAUAACACUAUUAACUCCACUGUUCAAUGUGACGGAGAAAUAUUGAAUAUUACUUAAAAGAAAAAGAUC